AUGACAGACCAGGUAUCCCACCCGGCUGAAGAUCCAGGCGGUGGUGAUAACACGGGAAAGCGUGGUGGUAGUAGUAAUGCGAGAGGCAGAGGAAAAGCAAGAUUAGGCGAAGGCGGCAAGGGUAGGGGUAAAGCCAACCCCAGAGAGCCUGAACGGUUAGACAACAUCCUAGACAGUAAUUCAUACCACGGAAACGACCCUAUCCGCGAUGUCAUUAAGUCACUGGACAGACCUAUGCCUCGCUGGUACCCCGAACCACCCCCUCAGAAGUUCUGCCACAUCCCGGUUGGAACUACUGAACAGCCCACGCCGCAAGAAGUCAACUCGUAUAAAGCCGCUUGGAGCACCCUAUCCAAAAAGUACUCGAAGCCUCUCGUCAGACUUGCGGAGAACUCAUCGACAAGCAAGCACAGGAUCUUAGCUUUUUACCUCGGCUUUGGCGAUGGUAAAGGUAUAGACCUUUGCUUAUAUUGGAUUGACAAUGACGCUGCAACCGUCUUUGGUCCCAUGAGAUCAGCUAUGCAAGAGCUUAACGCUCAGGAUCAGGGCGGAAGGGUCCGGGGCCCGAAAAUCUACACAGCACUCACUGAGUAUAUAUCAAAAUACGAUACGGAUACCAAUAUUAAGACUUGGCUUGACCAAGUCCAAGAUAUUAGCGCGAGCUACGCCGAUAUCAACUUCCAAGGACAGGAGAAGAUAGCAAAAGAUUCAUUUAGGGAUCUCUUGAUUGUUGGCUGCUUACGCAUCAUGAAAGCAUUUCCCGAUCUGUUUGUGGAGAGCGAUGCCAACCCUAACCCCCCAGAAUCAAGCAGUCUCACACAGCACUUUCUCGGGCACAGCGGUGAGGACUGGAACCGCGCAAUGUCGGCGGCUCGCUUUUUCCUCAACCGUAGACAAUCCGGGGCAUACCAGACUAAAAAUAUCAAAAGUCCAUCUAGCAUCCACCCUAGCAGCGCCGCUCUCAAAUGGAUCCAAUCCACACAGGAAGAGCAAGCUAACACGACUGCGGAUAAGGGCUACCAGGUCAAGACCUCCUGGGUGUUCACUGCAGAAGAUAUCACGAGAACUCUCGAGGAAGCGGGUAUUACUGAAGCCCUGAAUAUUGAGGAGUGGAAGAAGUAUGAAAUUUUAUCCUCGGGUCAAAAAGAAGAAUAUGCUAUGGAAUUUGCGGACAGUAUGGAUAGGUUUCAAAACCUCAUUGCUCGAAACACUAGUCGCACCGAGGCGAUAGAUCGCUUACCAUUCAUGACAAAACCAGAACAAGACCUCAUCAUUGAGAAAUUAGGCACCAGAUACAAAGCCCUCGAAGAAGGAAAAGAUACGGGUUUACCUAGUUUUACACUUCCGGCUCCCGUUUUAGAUGAUGACGACCAGCCGACGGGAUAUUCACAGCAGCAUCAAGAUUUCCUCUGUCGUCUCAAUCUCAUGUUUGGGGGCAACGACUCGAAGUCUAUCACCUUCGAAGAGGCCAAGAGAAUUACCGGUUGGGAUUGGAAGGACCCGAGGAUAGAUCCUAACCGUGAAGAUUCCCCCGUCCUUCGACCACAUCAGAUCAUCGAUAUUGCAAUGAUGAUCCACCGUCUCCAGUAUUAUCCGAGAACCGUUCUUCUAUCUAGUUCUCAUGGAAUCGGCAAGACGGUGAUUUAUCUUGGAACUAUACUCCAGAUAAACCUAUCUUUGAACGAGAGAUUCAAACAGGAAACGCCUGAGACCCCCGAAGAAAACCGAACUAAAUUCUACCCGAGUUUGAUUAUCUGUCCUUCCUCUGUCGUUCACCACCAGUUCGAAGAAUGCUUAGGUUAUUUCCGCAAUCUAUUAGUGCCCAAGCUCUAUUACGGGGCUGCCGCAUCGAACGAAGCCACGCCAGCCAAACACUCUGCUACCAUCGGCGUAAAUGAUCUUGGAAGGUUCUAUAAUACCUUGGACGACAGAGACCCGGAUACGGCUAAGAUCGUCAUUAUCAGCUCAUAUGCCACAUUUUCGCGUCGAGCUACAGCUUCAUAUACGAAAACACGACACCAGCUCAAUCAAGAAGAGCGCGUCUUCCUAGGGCUUCACAUAGGCGAUUCUCCAACAAAUGACGACUAUGGCCCUAAUGAGCUUGAAGAGGACGAGGUCGACCAUACUCAACUCCCCGAAAAAGGCCUCCGAAUGAAACGAAGGAAUACGGGAGAGAUUGACAUCCAAGCAAAGCGUAGUUCCUAUAUUGCGCGGAUACGAAGACAGAGGGUGGCCAAAGACCGCGGUGUCGACACUCCAAAUUUAUUCGAGCAGGACCUGAUUUACGAUUCCGAUAAUGAGCAGAUACUAGAAGAAUAUGCCGAUGAUGAAGCCGACCCAUCCGAAGAACACGUCGCCCGCGAAGAUCGGGAUACAGCCAUGUCCGACAGUACUAUCACAUCUCACGACCCAACUAGCAAAGUUGCUAAAAAAGAGGCAACCUAUGAAAUAUUCACCUCCAAAUUCGACCAAAAGUUCAACGUUAUUAUCUGCGACGAGGCUCACCUAGCGAAGAACCGGGCUGCAACAUUUCACAAGACUAUCAAGUGUCUCCCGCGAGAACAUCUCAUCCUCUGCACGGCGACACCCAUGGUUAAUUCUACUAAAGACAUUUUAUCGUAUGCAUUGUUGGCCUGUCCGAAUGCCUAUCCACAUCCUGUGUCGGUGGAUUUCUCUUACAAUAGCUUCUACGGGCCCGGGGCCGAGUUUACCAACUACGGACCUAAUCAUAACCCGCACAAAAAUUUCCUCAGCAAAGCUGUCCUAAGUCCAAACCUCAACAGUUUGCUUCAAGAUCCGAUCGACAAUGACGCGAUCAUUAAAGAGCGUCUAGUGUCGCUCGAGAAUGUCGAACAAGGUCACGCCCUCGUAGACCCCGAUGUUCACGGGGACGAAUAUGCAGAUAUGAUGGCAGCAGCAAGCGCAGGAAGGCCGCCUUGGCUAGUAAACCCAGCCAACAUCUACUGGGCGCUUCAGGAGUUCGGACAUGACUUUGAAGGAUCUCGGAAGGUGAUCAGACAGGUACUAGAACAGAUAUCCGUGAAGCGCGGCAUGCAGACGAAGCUCCAACUUCCAGAUGGACGCGUGAUCUGCCCGGCCGACUCUAUCCCACCUACCACAUUUGCUGUUCACGACUUAUACGCACAUGACGAGCAGCAGGCAAAACUUGACUUGCUAUACCAGGAAUGGAAGAAGAGGCUAUAUAGCGUGUCGCCAAAACAAGAUGCCAAAGCAGAUGAGGCCCGCGACUCGAAAAAGGAUCUUCAUCAGCGGUCGCCCGAAGAAACUCAGUCGGGAAAAAUAAAUAUCAAGGCACUUAGGCACCUGCUGCUUCCGGCAUUUGACUGGAAGAAUCUGGGACUACUGGAGCCUUCCAAGAAAACCAUAGGAUACCCCAAAGCCUUCCCCCAAGAAGUAGUUAUUAACUCUGAUGAGGAAGCAUGGGUCGCCCAGCACAAACUUGCGGAGCUUGAUCAAUUAGCUCCAAAGAAUAUAGUCAAAGGCAAGCUGAAGAGCACGGGGGAUGGCGGCGCUGCGUGGUUAUUCGAGACCCUGAAGAUCCGUGAGGAGUAUGCUACCCCCGAACGCCGUUACGCUUUCCUCAAAUUCAACUGCUGGGAGUCUCCGGUCCUGUCGCGAGUAUUAAUUCAGGUUUAUGAAUGGAUGAAUGCUCCGAAGGGAGACGUCAACCUUCCCAACAGGGUCGUUAUCAUGGCGGCGAUGCCCUGGGUUCAGCAACAGCUUUGUAUGAACCUCAGGAUGUUCGGCUGGCGCGUCAUGGACAUCCGGUCGGACCACAGUAACAGCGAAAGGAACCGCAUCAUACAAGAUUUUAAUGAUCCAAAGGCUGACGUUGAUAUCUUCGUUUCAUCUAUUGAACUCUCCGCAUGCGGCAUUAACUUACACAAAUCUUGCUGCAAAGGUAUACUGGUCCAGUGGCCGUGGUCUUGCAACAACUUGGUACAAACUCUGGGAAGGCUACCGCGGAUUGGGCAGCAGCGCCCAGUCCAAUGGGUUACAUUCAACGUCGCCGGUACGAUGUACGACCGGAUGCAGACCAUUAUAUGGUCAAAGUACAUUCCCCAAUUGGGAGUAGAAUCUACUAUUCCGGAUACUAUACACAACGAGCCGGCGAAGAUUGCAGCUUAUACGAUACUAUCAUUGCUUUUUAAUAUGCCAUUCAACCGCUACCUUUGGGAUAGGACAGUAUAUGACCUCGAUAUAGCAGCUGUUUUGGACCCUAAACAGCGAGCCAUCAGGCUUGCUCGCUUCUUCAAUCUAUUGGGGAAGAAGAUACUCGAAGAAGUCAAUGACUCAAACGACGAAGACACGAAGGAAAUUAUCAAGAGUCUCAAUGCUAGAACAGCCGACGACUUUGCAGCCGGGGCGGCUCUUUGGGAGCGCGGAGAUGAGUCUCAGCUUCGACCCGAGUUGACUUGGUCGUGGCUCCGGGAUAACUGUUACGUAUCCAAUAUUCAAGAUGAGAUCGACCAGGAUUGGGUUCGAGAUAUUAUUCCCGACCAAAUUUACGAUGCUCUUACUCCCGGUAAGGGGACGAAUAAGGCCCCGACUGAUAAGGUUAGGAGAGAAUCACGCCGAAAGCUCAGGAGCAUUGUGCCUGACGCAGAGUCUGAUGAAGAUUCUAUGGGUGACGAGCAACAACGCGAAGAUAACGACGUGGAUGGUCAAGAUGACCAUGCCAACGACGAGGAUGACAACGACGCCGGCAAUAUUCCAACUGCCGAAGCCGACCAGCCUAGCUCAUCUAAGAAGAGACCUAUGCCUCAAGGAGGAGAUCGGGAACCCAAGCGACCGAGAACAGACAUGGGACUGGGAAGUUCGUCAGCUGCUAGCAAUUCUCAGGCUCCAACAGACUCGACCGAACAAUAUAACCGGACAAGCGACGAAGAAGCGGUUGUUGAGGCUGCCGGUCAUAUGUCGUAG